AUGGUAUUCUUGGAGGAAACUCAUCUCAGGGGUGGGCUGAGCCUCAUUCCCUCACUUUUUGUCUUUUAUUUGUCUUUUAUGGCACUGGGCUACCCCAGGAAGGAGGGAAUUUCAAUUUCUGCAGUGCCACAGCUCUCAGUUCUUCUGCUUAAUCCUUCAGAUCCUGGGCUGCAGCCAGAAGAAAUCUGGACCAUCCUAUGGAAAAUAGACUUGGAAGUACACAGGGAGCAGAGGCCUGAGGGCUGGGAGUUUCCCUGUACAGUGAUGUUGGGGACCGGGGCGUUGCGGCGCGCGCUGGCCGCGGCCGUUCUCCCCUUCCUCAUCCUCUCAGGACACUGGGCUGCAGCUGAGAACAUCAACUUCUACAACAUCAGGCCUCCACUAGACCCCACUCCAUUCCCGAACAGCUUCAAGUGCUUUACCUGCGACAACGCCGUGGACAACUACAACUGCAACAGAUGGGCUGAGGACAGGUGGUGUCCUGAAAGCACUCGGUACUGCCUGACCGCUCACCUGUUCACGGCGCGCGGGGAGAGCACCUCGGUCACCAAGAGAUGCGCCACGGGCGAGGAAUGUCACCUGGUGGGCUGCCACCGCCGCGGGGACAGCGGCCACACGGAGUGUGUUUCCUGCUGUGAAGGCAUGAUCUGCAACGUGGAGAUCCCCACCAACGCCACCAACGCGGUGUUCGCCAUGCUGCAGGCGCGCAGGGCGGCCGCGGGCAGCCGCGCCCUGCCCAGCCUGCUGACACUGGUGACACUGGUGACACUGGUGACAACGGCGCUGUCCUGACACAGC